CGCAGGAAGGUACGCUACCUUGUUCCAUUCUUCCAACCUGAACCUAAUACACGGGUGCUUCACAGCGUUGACACUUGCAAUUUCGAGUAUUGUUAUGAGGGCUUCUCUUAAUUUGUUGGCUCUGGCUUUCCUUCUGUUGGACAUUGUUGGGCUAUCGAACGGUUUCCUUGUUCAUCCACCCAAACUCGGCGAAAAAUUCAACACCGUUUCCCUGAAGCAGGGAUCUAGACUUUGUAUGUCUGUGGAGACUGAGAAAGAAAAGAAUAAGGAAGAUGAAGGUGUAAUGGAAUUGUUUGACGAAGAACGGGUGAUGCAAGAGGAGCAACCGCAGACAGCCCCCUUUCUGAGUCAAGGCGAAAUUUCUCCAGAUGCUCUGAGCCCUGAUUUGUCCGACCCCAAAGAAACUCGCGUCAUUAUCUACAUGAUACUCUCUCUUCUUCCUGUUCUGUUCUUGAUUCCGCUCAUGUUGGGAUCUCGAGAUUUGAUUCCGUUAGAUGCCUUACCGCCGGUCGAGUUGUAGACUCUGACGUGGAUGAGCUUGAUGUGCUUCUACCGUUGAGUUGUCUAAAGAGAUCAAAAAGAUAUGUACCUUUGUAUUUUACGAUGUGGUUUUAAGUGGUGCGAGUCCCUAUGGGGAGUCUAAAGCUGGGCAAGCAUCGUCAAUUAAGGAUCCCCUUAAGAAAUUGCAUCUUUUAUUUGUCUUUUUUAACCUUCUUGAUGGCAUCGUCGAAGUUUUCUUCUUUAUCGGCAGCCUCGAACAUAUCAAACAUUUCACCAAGAUCCAAAUCAAGGCCCUCUUCGUUCUCGUUGUCUGGCUUAUCGGCAAACAAUUGCUUGGCAGUAUAAGCCCGGGAAAAUGCCGGGGCGGGAGCAAAAGCUUGAAUUCCCGACGCUAGGGACAAAAUCAGGAUAGUGAAUGCAGUUUUCAUCGUGCUUACCGGGUGAGGCUGUGUUCGGCAAGUUAAGAGUAAAAG